AUGACAGAGAUUAGACCCAUCAGUCUUUGUAAUGUAGGGUACAAGAUCAUUUCGAAGGUCUUAUGUCAGAGAUUAAAGGCGUGUCUGCCGGCUCUGAUCUCGGAAACUCAAUCGGCUUUUGUUCCUGGACGUUUGAUUUCAGAUAAUAUUCUUAUUGCUCAGGAAAUGUUUCAUGGACUGAGGACAAAUAAAUCAUGUCAGGGAAAGAUUAUGGCGAUCAAAACGGAUAUGAGUAAAGCCUACGAUAGAGUGGAAUGGAAUUUUAUUGAAGCGCUCCUCUCUAAGAUGGGUUUUGCUGCACAUUGGAUUCAAUUAAUGAUGGGCUGCAUCUCUACAGUACAGUACAAAGUACUUUUAAAUGGACAACCAAAGGGUCAUAUUAUUCCACAGCGGGGGCUUAGGCAAGGGGAUCCAUUGUCUCCAUAUCUGUUCCAUAUGUGCACAGAGGCUUUGGUGGCAAACAUUAAGAAGGCAGAAAGGGGGAAAUUAUUGACGGGUAUAAAGGUGGCGAGGGCUUGCCCACCGAUUUCUCAUUUGCUGUUCGCAGAUGACAGUCUUUUCUUUUGCCGAGCACAAAAGGAGGAGUGUCAGACGAUUCUUCGAAUUUUGAAAGAAUACGAGGCGGUGUCUGGACAGCAGAUAAAUUUUGAAAAAUCAUCAAUUCAGUUUGGACAUAAGAUUGAGGAAUCUAUGAAACAGGAUCUUCGGGAUGUUCUUGGGAUUCAAAAUCUGGGGGGCAUGGGAUCUUAUUUAGGAAUUCCAGAAAACCUAGGUGGCCCAAAAACACAGGUGUUUGGUAACACAAGGGGAAUGCAUUGGCAAUCAUGGGAUAAAGUGUGUAGCCCCAAGGAGGAUGGUGGCUUGGGAUUUAAGGAUUUUACGGAUUUUAAUACGGCUAUGUUGGGGAAACAAUUAUGGAGGUUAAUAGAGAAACCAAAUUCUUUAUUCUCUCGUGUUUUCAAGGGACGGGUGGGAACAGGAUCUUCUAUAUCUGUAUGGAACGAUCCUUGGCUUCCAUCCACUCGCCCGAGACCAGCAAAUAAAAAUAAUCACACUCUUUAUCCAGAACUCACGGUGGAUGCUCUUAUUGAUGCAACAUCGAGAACCUGGAAUGUUCAGGCUAUACGGACACUGGUGGAUCCCCUUGAUGCGAAAAUAAUUGAGACUUUGCCACUGAGCAGAUCAAGGUUGGAUGAUAGAGAUGGUUGGCACUUUACUAUGAAUGGAAAGUACACGGUUAAAUCGGGUUAUCAAGUAGAACGGGUUUACCCGGACAGAGAUAGAACACUACCAAUUUAUGGUCCCUCGAUCUCUACUUUGAAGGCAUUCUGCUGGAAAAUAAAGUGCCCACCAAAGAUGAAACAUUUCUUAUGGCAAUUGCUCUCAGGAUGUAUAGCGGUUAAAAAGAAUCUAAAGGCACGAGGUUUGAAGGGAGAUAUAAUUUGUGAUAGGUGUGGGGCGCCCGAAGAUUCGAUAAAUCAUGUUUUCUUCGAGUGUCCACCGGCAAUUCAGAUAUGGGCUUUGUCGAAAAUCCCAACAAAUCCGGCGAUUUUUCCAACACAUGCACUGUUUACAAAUAUGGAUCACUUAUUCUGGAGAGUCCAACCGGCACUGGAAGAUCAUCAGUUUGCAUGGAUCUUGUGGUAUAUAUGGAAAGCACGAAAUAAUAAAGUGUUUACUAAUAUGGACAUUGAUCCACUAGAGACCCUUAAAUUGGCGGAACGAGAGGCAUUAUUAUGGGCUGAGGCACAAGUUUCUCUGACUAAAGGUACAUAUAGUACUAUAGCACCACCCCAGGUGACAAUCCCAACCAAUCCGGGUAGAUGGUGUUUUACGGAUGGAUCAUGGAAAGACCAGGAUAAUUUCUCGGGGCAAGGAUGGUAUAGUACUUUGGAAGGAUUUGAUGGACUUAUGGGAGCCAGGAAUACAAGAGCAACUACUUCUCCAUUACAUUCAGAAAUGGAGGCUCUUAUUUGGGCGAUGGAAUGUAAUUAA